AUAAGUCUGUCCAGUUCUCCGACCUUCCCCGCAUGCUUCUUGAUGCUCGCCGUAUAGCAGGGUUGACGUGAUGGCGACAGCCUCUCUCGUCAUGCGCAAGUUGAAGCGAAGUAUCUUACCACCCCUCGUCGUGAUUCUGGGGGCCACUGGCACUGGCAAGUCCAAACUGGCAAUUGAAAUAGGAAAACGUCUUGAAGGCGAAAUAAUCAGCGCAGAUUCCAUGCAGGUGUACCGAGGGCUCGACAUCAUCACCAACAAGGUGACGGCGGAAGAGCAGGCCGAGUGCCCGCAUCACAUGAUCAGCGUGGUGGACCCGCUGGUGACCAACUACACGGUGAUAGACUUCAGGAACCAGGCCCUGUCUCUCAUCCAGGACGUGCGCCGCAGGGACAGGCUGCCCAUCGUCGUGGGAGGCACCAACUACUACAUCGAGGCCCUGCUGUGGAACGUGCUGGUGGACACGGGGGCGAGUAAAGGAGACUGCAGGGGUUUGCCUGAUACGAGGGCGGAGCUGGAAAAACUGGGCGGGGCCGAGCUGCACCGGCGCCUGGCCGAGGUGGACCCCGACAUGGCGGCGACUCUCCACCCCCACAACGUGCGCAAGAUCGCCAGGAGCCUGCAGGUGCACCAGGAGACGGGCGUGGCCCACAGCCGGCUGCUGGAGGAGCAGAGGGCGCAGGAGGGCGGGGGCGGGCUGGGCGGCCCGCUGCGCUUCCCGCACGCCUGCAUCUUCUGGCUGCACGGCAACACGGAAGGUCUGGGUGAGAGGCUGGACAAGCGCGUGGAUGAGAUGCUCUCCGCCGGGCUGAUCGAGGAGCUGAAGGAGUUCCACCGGCGGUACAAUGAGCAGCAGGUCCAGGAGAACAGACAGGACUACCAGCACGGCGUCUUCCAGUCCAUCGGCUUUAAGGAGUUCCACCAGUACCUGACUGCGGGCCCCGGGGUCAGCGAGGAGGAGAGGGCUCAGCUGCUCCAGAAAGGCGUAGAGCAACUGAAGAGAGCCACCAGGCGCUAUGCCCAAAAGCAGAACAAGUGGGUCCGCAACCGCUUUCUGAAGAGGCCUGGAGCCAAUGUCCCCCCGGUGUUUGGACUGGAUGUGACAGACGUUUCCGAUUGGGAGAAGACUGUUCUCACACCUGCCUUAGAGGUUUUGGAUAGUCUUCAAAAGGGAGAGAAGCCGGCCCUGGAGCCAAUCAGGGUGGAAGGGGCGGAGCGGAGCAACAAGCGCAGCCGACACGAGUGCGAGCCGUGCGCCAGGGUGAUCAUCGGGGAGCUGGAGUGGGCAGUACACCUGAAGUCCAAAAGCCACCAACACCAUUUGAAAAAGAAGAGGAAGUCUGAGCUCGCCGCGCAGCAGCACCAGGCCUUGGCCUCUCCGUGUGACGCGCCACCCAGCACAGAGAGCCCGUCGUAGGCCACUGCCGGCACUCCAGUCCCAGGCUCUGAACGGGCCUACCUGAAGCCGGACGCAAGGGCCCAGUUCCUGCAUGAUGUCAUGGCCCACGAGGGGCUUUAAAACUGUGUCCACCUGCACUUCUGUACCAGGAAACACUGCUGUCGUGACUGCUACUCAAAGCUGGGCGGUGCUGGCGCAGGUGGCAGGAGAAUUUGCGGGCGUUUGCUCUGGUCUGCGUGUGGGGUCCUUCUCGGCUCCAGCUGGCUCUGAAUUCGGCCUGGACACUCUGUUUAGUAGUCCUCCUCUCCCUAAGACCAUGGUCUGAACACACUUUAAUACGCACGGCUGCUGAAUCCAGUCAGUGGCUCUGACCCUCGUCCAUGGGGGGAAAGUAUCUCUCCCUGGCUUUACUUUAUUCUAAUCUGGAACGACACACUGCAGGCCUGCGUCACUCAAGACUGUGCGUGUUAGUCUAAAGCGUGAGUGACUUGGAAGUAUGCGUGGGACUUGCGAGGAUGAUUGUGUGUGUGUGUGUGUGUGUGUGCGUGCCCAUGCGUGUGUAUUUGUGCGUGUGCAUGUAGGCUUGCUUUGUGUGUAUGUGUGUGUGCAGGCUUGCUUUGUGAGUGUGU